AUGGUUCUCGGUCCCGGUGGCUUGUCCACGAUCUUCCCAAACGCCAACCGCAACGGGCCGGCGGACAGGGCUGUCACCGGACUAAAGCUAAUCAUUGCCCCCAGCCAGGCAAACCACUCUACCACCACUACCACCGCUACCUCCAUCACCACAACCGCUCAACCCCACCCCCAAACAAAAAUGUGCGAUUUCGACGAAUUCGUCUUCACCUGCGGACACUCCACCUUCCGCCUCAAAGCCUACUGCCACCGCGCCCGCAACGACCCAUACAAAGAGUGCCACUACGUCAAGAAGCUCCGGGACGUGUGGGACCAGACGUAUCCGUGCAGCGAGUGUGUGAACAGGGCUCAGGCGGCAGCGGCGGCAGCGGCACAAGGUAUGCACAUGGGACAAGAGCAGGGACAUGGGCAGCAAGGACAAGGGCAGCAGGGGUAUCAGGGGCAAUAUCAGCAGCAGUAUUAG